ACUCGCCCUGCUCGAGCAGGUACUGGCGCCCGCGGUAGUUGGGCUCCUCGUAGGCCACCCAAGCGCCGUCCAAAAUGCGAAUGGAGCGCACUUCGCGCUGGCGGUAGCGGUCCGGCAGGUUCGAGCAAUCGUCGGUGAGCUCCAUCUCCUGGCCUCCAAAGUCAUCCUGCUGGUAGAGCUUCAUCCGGUUGCGAGCGCUGUUGUACUGUCGGGAGGAACGGAAGCAGGACAAUGGAGCAACAACGGGCCUACGAUAUUCUGAAGAAGGGCAUCGCGAGCUUGGAUUUCGAAGGGAACGCCGUUCCCUCCGAGUUGCUCCUGACGGGAGACGAGGCAUUCCCAGUCGUGGUCAACGGGAGCCACCAGGUGCUGAUCGCGGCGUCGCGCUACGGCAAGGGGCGACUCGUGGCGCUUGGCCACGAGACUUACCUGGAGUCGCCAAAGUUCGCCAAAUUCCUCGUCAACGCGGUCACGUGGCUGAGGCAAGGGGCGCCGCACGGCCACGUGUCCGUCAUCCACAAGCUCGAGGGGUUGAAGAAGAUCCUCGACGGGAACGGCAUCAAAGCCGGCGUCUCCGAGAAGGUCGACAAGAGCGCCGCGGUCCACUGCACGACCACCUUCUCCUCGUCGAGCAAGGAGGAGGAAGAGCUGGCGCGUGACCUCGUGGCGUUUGUGAAGAACGGGGGCGGCCUGCUGAUCGGGGGCCAGGCGUGGAACUGGGGCAGCCACAACAAGGGGAAAGAUGCCAUGAGCCACUUUCCCGGCAACAAGAUCAGCGGCGUGGCGGGAGUUUACUUCAUGGCGCACACGGGGAACAAGGGCGUGUUCAAGAUAAAGGAGUACAUCCCUGCCAACUCCACUAUUCUCAGACAAAACAUCCACUGGACCAACGACUACAAGCGCCUGGUGGCCGGUGUCACCGCGUUCACCGUCGAGGGCAACCCGUCGCAGCUGGUGGCACACGGCUCCACCGCCUUCCCCAUCGUCGUGGACCUCAACAACCGCACGCUGAUCGCCGCGGCGCGCUACGGCGAGGGACGCGUCGUGGUGCUCAGCCACGAGGGGCAGAUGGGCACCGAGGCGAUGAGGCCGUUCAUCUUGAACGCCGUGCGGUGGCUCGACGCGGAGAGGCACGGCAAGGUCGGUGUGAGCGGCGUCAAGGGCUUGAACGAGAUGCUCGGCAAAGAGGGCUUCUCCAGCGCCGCGACCGAUUUCCGUCCGGGCCUCAGCGUCUUCUGCUGCGGCGCCUACAUCAACAUGCCGGCCCAGGAGCUGCACGAGUUCGUCGCGGAGGGCGGCGGGCUGAUGAUCGGCGGGCACGCUUGGUGGUGGGCCUCCAAGAACCCGGGCAAGUCCGUCUUGACCGAAAACCCGGGCAACAAAAUUGUCAACAAGUUCGGCAUCAGCAUCCUGGGCGCUGGCAUCAGCGGCGGAACGUUCACGCCCAUCGCGCUCAAGGUGGGCACCGCUCCGUUCAACGUGCGCUACGCGGCGUGCCACUUGGUCAAGCACCUCGUGCACAACCACGCGGGAGAUCCGCUGGAGCUGAAGAAAAUGUCGACGUGCCUGAUGCAAGAUUACAUGCCUCUGCUGCACGGCGACGACGACGACGCCUGCUUCAAGCCCUUCCAGCAAGUCGGCCGGCAGAUCGUCACGUGCGCGAAGCUGCCACCCGUUGGCCACGAUGCUCCCGUACAGCUCAAGUCCACCGAUGGAUUCCUGAUGGCCCUCGCGAACGCCAUCUACAGAAACGGUGUCAAGGUGGAGAAAAAUAUGCCCAACCUGGGCCAAAAGUUCCCUGGGAUACCCAUUAAGAAAACCGCCGCAAAAGGUGUGAUGCAAGUCACAAUUGAUGGGAAUAAUCAUGAGAGCGACUGCUGGAGGAGCACCGGGCUGUACGCGCCUCCCGCCGAGACCAUCCGCAUCACGGUGCCCAAAGCCCACGUCAAGGGCGGCCUGCAGAUCCAGAUCGGCUCGCACACCGACGUGCUCUUCGGCAAGAAGGAGCCCGUGCUGCGCCACCCGGCCAUCACCCGCAGGUUCCCGGUGCAGCAGGAGACGCUGGAGGUCGGCUCGUGCUGGGGGGGCCUCAUCUACGUGGUCGUGCCCAAGCAAAGCAAACUGGGAGCGGUGGAUGUCGUCGUGGACGGGGCGGUGCAGGCUCCCUGGUUCCAGCUCGGCAAGACCGGCGUGGCAGAUUGGCAGCAGACAAUCCGUCACUACCCGGCGCCCUGGUCCGAGUUUGAAAACGAAAACGUCAUCCUCACCAUCCCGUCCACCGAUGCGAGGAUGGUGAACAACCCUGAGAGUCUGAUGAAGAUGUGGAAUAAUAUCAUGCAAGCCGUUGCCACCUUGUCUGCCACCCCAUUUCCAUUCUCAAGACCAGAGAGAUUUGUGGCCGAUGUCCAGAUUGUUAUAGGUUUAAUGCAUUCGGGAUAUCCCAUCAUGCUGCACGUGUCGUGCAUCAAGGGCAUCAUUGACGAGAAGUGCAUGAUCAGGGGCAUGUGGCCUUCCAUCCAUGAGCUGGGCCACAACCAGCAGCGGGCGGCCUGGGAGUUCCCGCCGCACACCACGGAGGCGACCGCCAACCUGUGGUCCACGUACGUGCACGAGACGGUGCUGGGCAUCGCUCGGGAAAAAGCGCACGCGGCGCUGCAGCCCGCCAAACGGGCCCAGCGCAUCAAGGACCACCUCAAGAAGGGAUCGAAGCUGGCCACGUGGUCCGUGUGGACGUGUCUGGAGACUUACCUCCAGUUGCAGGAGGCAUUCGGGUGGGAAGCAUUCAUGAAGAUCUUCACUGCAUAUCAACGCAUCAGUACCAAAGGGUUGGACAACAAAGGAAAGAUGAAUCUGUGGGCAGAGACAUUCUCGAAGCAAGUCAACAAGAAUCUGGUCCCCUUUUUUCAAAAGUGGGGUUUGCCCAUCAAUGACGACGUUGUCAAAAAGCUGGGAAGUUUGCCCGAAUGGAAGGAAAAUCCGAUGUUAAAAUACUAGUAGUGGGGACAGGUCGCAUUCCACCGAGUCCCGCAAUAUGCAGGCAGCAGUGGAUUUGCAAAUGCAUUUCAAUGGGAUAUGUUGGUACGUAAUUGGUUUGUGAAAACGACAUAUUUACUGAACACGUAUGUUUUUCCCUGCCAAGAUUAUGACUCACUCAUCUUUUAGGUCGUGGGCUUUCACGACCAAUGAUUCGUACCAUUGCUUUGUUUCGGGUUAGGUUGUGUAAAAAGUGUGUGCCGUUAAUCCCUCCCUGCGCCCGACACAUCGAAUGAAUAGAAAGGGUCGCGCACCACUGGUGGUGUUUGGCCAUCCUGUGACUUGCAAUCCAAAGGCAGCAGGUUCGAUUCCAUAUCCCGGAAAUUAAAAGACCGGGGAAAGUUUCUCAAAUCCACCCAACCCCAGCAUCUGUCCACUCAGCAUUCUAAACGCAUUCACCACAAUUGAUCAACAUGUUGCGAGCGGUGGGAUAAAGUAUGGGUACGUCCAUCUCUUUCAAGACGUCUGAUCAGCGUGGAAGAGUAGACCAAAUACCGUGCUUACUCGAGGAGUGUCGGGGGUGCUCUCUAGAACUUCCUCGUGCUGGAGGUGUCUCCUACCAGCAGUGGCGUGAGCAAUUCCAUGGCUGUGCCUUUACCUCAGGGGUGUCCAAACUUUUUGCAAAGAGGGCCACAUUUUAUUGGUUCUUUCGGUAAAGUCACGUAGACGGGAAGUAAUAAAAUAAUAAAAAUAAAACAUAAUAAUUUUGAAAACAUAAUUAUUAUGUUUAAUUAUUUUAUUACUUCCCUUCUACGUGACUUUACCGAAAGAACCAAGAAGAUGAAUCCCUGCAGUCACGAAAGCUUUAAAUCAAAAUUUAGGGCCACAUUUGAUAAAGUGAAGAUGCCCGGGGGCCAAUAGUUCCUUUUGACAUUGUUUUAACCACAAAAGUUACGUGGAAAUACACACUGUUAUAAAACAACUUUCAUUGUCACAAUUACCUUUAUUUUUCAAAUGCCAAUGUAACCAAAUAUAAGCCACUCAGGCAAACGGGAACAACUCUAAAAACGCAAUUCUGCCUUUCAUUCAGUCAGAUAACAUUGAACAAACUGUAUAGAAUACCUUAAAUUUCCAUGAGUUUUAUGAUGUAUUUAUUCUGACAGAGCUGGCGAGCGAUAAAUUACACGUUAUAAGACCGAAGCUGCGGGCCGUAUGAAAUCUGGACAUGCCUGCUUUACCUGAAUGUGCGAUUGGCUUUAUCUGCCUCACCACUUCCUUCGUGACAGUAUUGACAUUUGUACAGGUGUCAGUGAAAAGUUAGACUCGUAUUAGAUGUUCGGAUUAGGCCAUGUAAUGAUUUUCAAGUUUUGUUGUCAAAAAACCCUCUUUGCCGCCCGACGCAGACAAACAAAUCAAAAUUGUCACGUGAACACGCGUUUUAGCGCGUCAGUUCAUCAGAAUCAGAAGUUUAUUUCCCACCGAGUGAAGCCCUUGGAGCUAAGAAGCUAUUUGUUAAGGGCGACUUUGGCUGGCUGACGUCAAAGCAUUCCACAAUUACAGAUUUUACAAAGCAAAACAAUAUAAAGAACAAUUUACACAGCCAAAGUUGACACUACAUAGCCUCACCCACAUCUCAAUUAUGAAUUAAUAUUGAAUGUGACAACCUACGUGUUCAGUUAAACUGGUCACCGAGGUUACAAUGUUGUAUGUGGCAAGGGAACGCUGGGAAGAUGUUUAUAAUUCUUACGUGAAAAUAAUUGGUGGUUGGCAUUGUAUUCAGACAUACAAAGCAGACGUGAGCUGCUCUAUAUGCCUUGUGUUGAGAUGUAUAUUAGUCAUACCAUGAGUCACAUAUGGUGUUAGUGGUAAUAUAUUUGAAAAACACAUUUUGUGAUGAGGAGCAAACAGCCUAAUGACAUCGUAUUUAAAAGUGGGGACUUGUAAUGGUUGCUUCUUCUGAAACUUGGUGUUACAAGUUGGUGAUUACUUAAUAAAUGAGUUUUAAGUA